UCUGAGGCCAGAGUGCUGUUUAGGAAUCUGCCAUUCUAUGAGUCUGCUGUGUAUCCCGCUUCCCAUGUUGGAUCGUUCUCUCCCUUUUUUAUUCUAUCGGAGGGGCAGAACAUUUUGAGUCAGAGUAUCCUCACUCAGAGGUAAUUCGCUUCUCGUCGUAGAGCCCCUAAGGGAUUUUGGAUUGGAGUGGACAGCUUCUCCCUCAUAUUGGGGUCCGUUUCUUCCACCUGCAUCACUGCACGGCAUGGAUCCAGAGAUGAGCGAUCAGGAGGUGACUUAUUCAGCUUUGAAGUUUCCUCAGUCUUCUUCAGAGUCGCAGAAUAGACUAAGACCUGAUGGCACUCAAAGGAGUGGAAAAACUGAUGAGAAAGAGUUCUCAGUGCCCAGGCAUCUCAUUGCAGUGAUUCUUGGAACCCUCUGUUUACUUCUCUCAGUGGCAGUCGUAGUGUUGGUGACAAAGAUUUUACAGCUUAUUCAAGAAAAGCAUCAACAGCAGGAAAUUCUAGGAAACCUCACACAAAUGUACCACGUCGUGCAAAAUGAUGACUGCUUAAAGAAGCAACUCUUGGCAAAUAAGUCUUUAGAAUAUGACGCUCUCAAAAAUAAAACCCUUCUAAUGGAAAAUGCACUGAAGUCACCCUUUUUAAAACAGAAUCGAUGCAAUGCAAAAAAAGAUACCUUCCAGAAAUCUCUGCACAAUCCAGGUAAAGUCCAUGAAGACUACUGGUCCUGUUAUGGAGUACACUGCUAUUAUUUUGUUCUGCAAAAUAAAAGCUGGACAGAAUGUGAACAAACUUGCCAAAGUUAUGGUUCCUCCCUUUUGAAGAUUGACGAUGAACAUGAACUGGCAUUUGUUCAUUUUCAGAUUCAUAAAAAUAUUUAUUGGAUUGGAUUGUCAUUUAAUGAAGUGGAAAACAAAUUGAGAUGGAUUGUUGAUGGCACAUCACCUGGAAUGAACUUUAGAAUGAUGAAUUAUCCUUCUAGGAGACGAAAAUGUAUGUUUUUGACCUCAACAAGAAUAGAAUAUGACGAUUGCUCUAAAACCUACAGUUGUAUCUGUAAAAAGAGAAUUAAUUGUAAUUUCUCUACUACAAAAUGCACUUAGAAGAAUAGGGCUCAGUGCAGUGUGGACACAGGAGCUGGAAGAGGAAGCAAAUCUUCUCCUGAGCUCUGAUUAGGAGGCCAGACGCCAUCUUCUUCCUGGGGGAGUGGAAGCUUUGUCUUGGGGAGCAGUUGCUUCUCCAUUGUGGUUCUGAGGGAUUCUUCCCUCUUCCCUGAACCACCCGGGACCUGUUAGAGCAUCUUAAUGUGGCCAGGAUCUUUCCUUACCAAUAGGAUAAAGCAUGUCAAUGUUAUCAGACUGUGGAAACACAAUUAAGAACUAGGAUAUAGUUAUAUUUUCACUACCUAGAAGCAUAUCUCAUCUUUAAAAGUUAUUUUGUUGCAGAUUAAAUUCAAAUGUACUGAGUAGUUGAAAGAAUGUUACAAGACACGCCCAUGUAACUUUUACCCACAGUUAUCAAUUGUUUGUAUUUUGCUGUGUUUUCCUCUGUUUCUCCUUCACUCUUGCUCUCAUUGUCGAUCCACUUGAAAAUAAAUUGAAGAUGUGUCCUGGUUUCUGAAUAUUUUCUAAGAAAAGGACUUUGUCUUAUAUAACCAUGCUACAAUUAUCAAAAUCAGGAAAUUUAGCAAUGACACAGCAUUAUGAUCUAAUCUAUAAACCACAUUCAAGUUGUCCAUUGGCCUAUAAUAAUGUAAUACAAUGCAUUUAAUCAUCAUAUUGAUGGCAUGUCCUUUAAUCUGGAAUAGCUGUUUGAAUUUUCUUUGUCUUUCCUGACCUUGACAUUAAAAAAAGUCAACCUUAUUGAGUUAGACUAUCCACACAAGGGAAUGUACCCAUUUUUAAGUCAUGAGGGAUAUAGGUUUUAAUAUGUUUACCUCUCACACGCUAUCAAAUCAAGAUCUAGGCAUUUCCAUCAGCUUCAGACAUUCCAUUCUGCCUCACACCAUCCACCUGGCUCCUGUCCACCAGCGAUGCUCAUUAUUAAUUAGUUUAGCUCAUUCUAGAACUACAUGCAUCCUGUGCAUUUUUUCCUGGCUGCUUUUGGAUCAGCAUGUGUUUAAAAUUAAUCAGUGGUUUUUCAUGUAUCAGCAGUUCCCUCUCUUUGUUAUUUCAUAUUCUAUUAUUCAGCUAGAGCACAUCUGUUCACUCAGUUAUGGACAUUUGAUCUGUUUCUCAUUUUUGGCUACUGUGAAUAAAGCUGUA